AUGCUUCUGCACUACCCUCAGCAAUACGACCACCACGUGUUACCCACUCAUUAUCAAUCAUACGAUACAUCUUCGAAUCUUCCUCUUCGCGUGUCGAAUCUGCCUCUCUCUACCUCCGUUCAUCAUCCACAGCGACCUCUGCAGUCCGCAGAAUAUUCGAUGCCGGCGUCCCAACGGUCAUCGAAUCCGACUGUUCGCAUCCAUCAAUCAACUCCUCCACCUAGAAGCGGAUCGCAAUCGAACGAUAAUCAGUCGAUGUUGGCGCAGGGCGCUUACCUGGGCAGUGGUUGGGAAAGCGAAGGAUUUCCAAGCAGUGGUUACCUCGAUACUCCACCGCGAAAGAGUGGCAAAUAUCACAAAAGGCUUUCAUCUGCGUCUUCGAUCAAUACAACGGGUCCACCUUCACCACACGACCAUACGUCGCCCUUUUGCCAGAUUGCCAAUAGUGAUUCGUCACACUUUUCGCCUCUGGAAAACUUUGACUGCCUGCCAACGCCACACCAAAAUCACUUCCCCAAGUCGCUGCCUACCCCAGUCGGCACCCCUACAUCCAAUAACUUCAUGCCGCCAGGCUACCAAAAUGUCGCGGCUUCGCAAGACAAUCACAAAUACGCGAAUUCGGCAAUGCGAAGGAUACAUUCGACCAGUGGUGAUGAGGACGCUGCUUUGUUUGCAUACUCUGGACCGCAGUCGGUAUCCAGUAUGAGUCAUGAUUCACCAGCCACACCGCAUACAAAUUACGAUCCAGAGUACGACGAGAAGAAUUUUGGUCGAGGUGAGAACGACCACACUAGAAUCAACAGGUGGAUGGACGAGUACUUAUUUCUUGAUGCAGGCUAUCCUCACUCAGCAGCCUUCAGCCAGGCUAUGCAGGAUGUAUUCCCAGACCAACCCUACAACACACCUACCUCUCAGACCUUCUCUCAGCAAUCACAGCCGAACAUGCCGCACUCCAGCAGUCACUUAUCUCCCUACCGAAACAUGAAUGUCUUUGCCAGCCGAUUGCAGGCAGCGAAUCAAGACCACAUGACUCAGCGGACAAGCUCUCCGGUGAUGUCGGUUACCAGGGAGCGGUCACCGUUUAAGCCUUACAAUCAGAUGCAGGAGCUGAGCAAUGAAGCGCAGCCUCAAAAUUUGAUGACGGCAAUGACGCAGGCUAUGGUGGAACAAUCUCGAGCGACGAGUGCGCCAAAAUCGGUUUCGCCGAAAGAGCUGAUGCUUGAGGAUCCGGACAUGGACGAGCCUGAUAGCACACCACUCUUCCCGGCGGAAUUCGAUCAGUCUUCAAACGUCACGAGUGGCAGACCUGAUGCAAAUGUGCCUGUCUUUUCCGACCAGAGUGGCGUGUACGACCGACAGUCAUACUCUGCGGCUGCGGCUCCGGCUCAGGUACCACAACAAUAUCCGUUUGUGCGGGAUAGGCGACGACAGCCAACUAACCUGCAAAAUGAUGGCGAUCAAGUUCCGGAAUUCCCCGCUCACAUGGUGUCAAUGGAAACCACUGUUGAGGAAGGGCCAUCCGAACCUUCGUCGAGCCAGCAAUCGAGCCACCAACCACCGACGCAACGAAUUGCAAGACCUGCUGACACGUCAUCGGACUCUGGUACCUACACAUGCACUUAUCAUGGAUGCACGCUUCGAUUCGAGACUCCUGCUAAGCUACAAAGGCAUAAGCGUGAAGCGCACCGGCAGACUUCGCCGACCGCCGGGCCCGCUUCUGCACCCGCCGGACCUGCCAAUCUCGGGCUCCGCAACUCUCAAGCUGGACCACACAAGUGCGAUCGGACAAAUCCAUCAACCGGAAAACCGUGCAACUCUAUCUUUUCUCGUCCAUACGAUCUUACGCGUCAUGAGGACACUAUACAUAACGCGCGAAAGCAGAAAGUACGAUGUCAUCUAUGCACCGAGGAGAAGACGUUCUCAAGAAAUGAUGCCUUGACCAGGCACAUGAGGGUCGUGCACCCUGAUGUCGAUUGGCCUGGCAAGACAAGGAGAGGAAAGGGAAGGGAUUGA